UGGCGAUGAGCCAAUGAGAGUUGACGCCGGCCCGGAGGGCGGGGACACACAGUGCAGGCCCCGCCUCUUUCCUCCCUUUUCUCGGAGACCCGACGGCGCGAACCCAGCCUGGCUGCUGCAGCACUUGCUCUAACUUUGCCGCAGCUGCCUCCCUUUUCCCGGAACCCACUCUCCUAACCCACCCCUAGGAGGGGGAGAGAAUGUGGGGAGCACUUCAGAGAGGCCUAAGCUCCAGAGAGCGGGCCAUCUGGGCUCUGAAAGCAAAUUAGUUUUCCAACUCAUGUCUGGCUCCAGCGUUAUCCAGACGCCUGGAAGGUCCUUCCUGCAGUCUGAUCACCAUUUUUCCUGCUGCACUGACCGAUCAGCUCCCCUUGGUCUUCAACCUCGGGAAUGAUGGAUUAGGGGAGUCUAGAAAUGGACGAAGCCCUAGAAACGCAGCUGAAGACGAGCAGAGGACGCUUCUCGGCUACAGAAUCCCUCCCCACCUUGGAGUUGCCAGUUUCCUGGAGUGGAUCCUGAGGUGUCUUAUCAGCCUCUACACCCCAAUCCAGCUAACAGCUCUUAUCUCAGGUGGACAUGGCCUGCAGGGUCCACAUGCAACCCAUCGGCCUGACCUGGGUUGUGCAACUGACCCUGACAUGGAUCCUGCUAGAAGCCUGUGGAGGGAGCCACCCACUCCAAGCCAGGUCCCAGCGACACCAUGGGCUGGCAGCUGAUCUGGGCAAAGGCAAGCUGCACUUGGCAGGAACUUGUUGUCCCUCAGAGAUGGACACAACAGAGAUAUCGAGCCCUGGGAACCAUCCAGAACGCUGUGGAGUGCCGAGCCCCGAGUGCGAAUCCUUCCUGGAACACCUCCAACGUGCCCUUCGCAGUCGCUUCCGCCUGCGGCUAUUAGGGGUACGCCAAGCACAGCCACUCUGCGAGGAGCUCUGCCAGGCCUGGUUCGCCAACUGCGAAGAUGAUAUCACCUGUGGCCCGACUUGGCUCCCACUCUCAGAAAAAAGGGGCUGUGAGCCUAGCUGCCUUACCUAUGGACAGACCUUCGCAGACGGGACGGACCUUUGUCGCUCGGCUCUGGGCCACGCCCUACCGGUGGCCGCUCCUGGAGCCCGUCACUGCUUCAAUAUCUCCAUCUCCGCGCUACCUCGUCCCAGACCAGGACGGCGGGCCCGGGAAACUCCCUCCUGGCGUUCCCGCCGCCCUCGCACCUCCAUCCUGGACGCUGCAGGCAGCGGGAGUGGCAGUGGAAGCGGCAGCGGCCCCUAGCGGACGCGUGGCCCUCAGUUGGGGGAGGGUCCCUUCCCCCAGCCCUGCCCCUCAGAACACCCAGAACCCCACCCCUCGCCCUCUCGGCCUUCUAUAAUAGUUUUGAGAUGUCUGUCCCUCCUCCCUGGAGCUCCAGAGACUCACCCCUCUCCGGGUUAUCCCAGAAAUGACCCAACUCUCUCUCUCACUUUUCCCUCUCCCCUUUGAAUAAAGUCGCCAGCUAGAGCACGUGA